GAAAAAAGCGAUUUUAUAUCCGAAAUUGUCGGAAGUGAGCGCGCGAGGGUGUCCAAAAUCCCACAAAAUCCAAACCCAAUUCAAAAAACUCCAAACAACUUUAUCACAAAACUCACCUCAUAGUCACACACUCCUAGAGAGAGAGAGAGAGAGAGAGAGAGAGAGAGAUGGAAACGGACUCAAACAACCGAUUCAACGGCGGCGGAGGGUUAUCGGCAGAAACCGAGGAAGGGCAAUGGAAGCUGUACGAGGCGUACAAUGAGCUGCACGGUCUGGCUCAGGAGUUCUCGACGCCGUUCGACGCGCCGGCGGUUCUGGUGGUGGGCCACCAAACCGACGGGAAGAGCGCGCUCGUGGAAGCCCUAAUGGGUUUCCAGUUCAACCACGUCGGCGGCGGAACCAAGACCCGCCGCCCCAUCACUCUCCACAUGAAGUUCAACCCCGAUUGCGACACCCCUCUCUGCCAUCUCUUGUCCGAAUCCGACCCUUCAAUCCCCCAGGAAAAAUCACUCCAGGAAAUCCAGGCUUAUAUCGAAGCUGAAAAUAUGAGGCUGGAGAGAGAGCCUUAUCAGUUUUCGUCGAAAGAAAUAAUAAUCAGAAUCGAAUACAAGUACUGUCCGAACCUUACCAUAAUAGAUACGCCUGGACUUAUCGCUCCAGCUCCAGCUCGGAAAAAUCGCGCUUUGCAGACUCAAGCUCGAGCUGUGGAGUCUUUGGUUCGGGCUAAAAUGCAGCAUAAGGAAUUUAUUAUACUUUGCCUCGAAGAUUGCAGCGAUUGGAGCAACGCCACAACUCGGAGGGUAGUGAUGCAAAUUGAUCCUGAACUUUCAAGAACCGUAGUUGUCUCAACAAAGCUUGACACAAAAAUCCCUCAGUUUGCACGAGCUUCAGAUGUGGAAGUCUUUCUUUCACCACCUGCAAGCACACUCGACGGCUUCAUGUUAGGCGAUUCGCCUUUUUUCACUUCCGUUCCUUCGGGCAGAGUUGGAUCCGAGCGUGAAUCUGUCUACAGAUCUAACGACGAGUUUAAACAGGCUGUAUCUUUGAGGGAGAUGGAAGAUAUAACCGCUUUGCAAGAAAAGUUGGGUAGAUCACUUUCGGAACAAGAAAAGAGCAGAAUCGGUGUUAGCAGCCUCAAGUUAUUUUUGGAAGAGUUGCUUCAGAAAAGGUAUAUGGACAGUGUACCACUGAUCAUUCCGCUUCUUGAGAAAGAGUAUCGGAGUACAACAAGGAAGCUUAGUGAAAUAAAUCUGGAACUCGGUACUUUGGAUGAAGUAAAGCUGAAGGAGAAAGGAAGAGCUUUCCAUGAUCUGUUCUUGACCAAGUUAUCACUUCUGCUGAAAGGAACAGUCGUUGCACCACCAGAUAAAUUCGGGGAAACGCUGCAAGACGAGAGGGUUAAUGGAGGUGCAUUUAUUGGCACCGAUGGUCUUCAGUUUCCACAGAAGUUAAUACCUAAUGCGGGGAUGCGUCUUUACUGUGGUGCGCAAUAUCAUCGUGCAAUGGCCGAGUACCGAUUUGUUGUCGGAGGAAUCAAAUGCCCUCCAAUAACACGUGAGGAAAUUGUCAAUGCUUGUGGAGUUGAAGAUAUCCACGACGGAACUAACUAUUCACGGACAGCUUGUGUUAUUGCUGUUGCAAAGGCUCGUGACACUUUUGAACCUUUUCUUCAUCAGUUGGGUGGCAGAUUGCUUCAUAUUCUAAAGAGAUUGCUCCCGAUCUCGGUUUUUCUUCUCCAGAAAGACGGUGAAUACCUCAGCGGCCACGAAGUUUUUCUAAAUCGUGUCGCCUCCGCCUUUAACAACUUUGCUGAAUCAACUGAACAAUCGUGCCGCGAAAAGUGCAUGGAAGAUUUAGUGAGCACCACUCGCUACGUUUCUUGGUCUCUACACAAUAAGAAUAGAGCUGGAUUACGUCAGUUCUUGGAUUCAUUUGCUGGAUCAGACUCCACCACUAUUUCUCCGGAAUUAUCUGUGGGCAACGAAAGGCAAGAGGCUAAGUCAAAAUCAGAUGUAAAAGUCAACAGUUUGACUUCGGGAUUUGAUUCAACGGGGAGUAGUGGUCCCACAACAGAAACAAGGCUAGCCGACCUUUUAGACAGUACACUAUGGAACAGAAGGCUCGCCCCUUCGUCUGAAAGGAUCGUUUAUGCUUUGGUUCAACAAAUAUUUCACGGUAUUCGAGAAUAUUUCCUCGCAUCCACCGAGCUAAAGUUCAACUGUUUUCUUCUUAUGCCGGUUGUUGACAAAUUGCCGGCACUACUUCGAGAAGAUUUGGACUCUGCUUUCGAAGAUUUAGAUAAUGUCUUUGACAUCACCACCAUGAGACAUUCGCUGUCACAGCGUAAACGAGAGACGGAAAUCGAGCUCAAACGGAUACAAAGGCUUAAAGAGAAAUUCAGACAAAUCCACGAACAGCUUACUUCAAGUCUUGCAAUGUGGAGGCCAUACUGAUGAUUUUACCUCUAACAAACGGCACAGAAAUCGAGGGGGAGAAGCAUCUCUCAAUAUAUUUGCAUGCAAACGUGAUUAACGGAAGAUAAAGAGGUAAGUCGAUGUUGGAUUUAACUUUGUAUUUCUAUUUAUUCAACUUGUUGAGGGAUACACCGAAUCCAAUUUCUGUUUCGUAAGUAAAUUCAUCUCGUUGAUAUAAUAAUUAAUUAGUGUUACUUAAGUGUUCUAAAUAUUUGAGUUUUGCACAUCUA